AGAAGAAAGAUUGAGGUUGGAGAAGAAGAAGAGCAAUAUGUUAGCGGUACAGAGAACGAUACGGAGGAUGUGUACGAGCGUGGACGCUCCACGUGUCACUCGGUUCUCUCUGAAUGCACCAAAAAACGUAGAAUUGGAAUAUGCUAAUGGUAGCAAGUUUAGUCUGUCAGCUGAAUUUCUAAGAGUAUACAGCCCCGCAGCUGAUGGCAAGAUUAGGUCAUUUGGGGGUGAAAAGGUAAUAUUUGGGCGGUGUUAUGUUGGCAUCAUGUCUGCAGAACCUGUAGGAAACUAUGGGGUAAGGAUAGUUUUUGAUGAUUUGCAUAAAACUGGGAUCUAUCCUUGGGAUUACUUCUAUCAUCUUGGGAGCAACAAGUUUAGCCUCAUGAGAAAUUAUCUCAAAACACUAAAGAAGCAUGGACUCAGUCGAGAUCCACAAAAACGAAAAUGAUGAAAUAUCUAGUCUGAUUUAGCUGGUUCUACUUCGAUUGGGGUCAGAUGAUGAGUGCAAAGCGAUUCCGUUCUCUCUUUGGAGCUGAAGAGUGCAAAUUUUAAUAUAUCACACAUUUUUCUGCUGUUCACAAUCUAGAAUGUUGUGUAGCUGCUGUGUAUUUGUAAACCAGUUGUUUUUUUUUUUUUUUUCAUUUCCCAUUUCUGAAAUUGACUUUAUUAUUUCCCAGAGUGUUGGAGGAACAAUAAACUGGGAAAUGGCAUAACUGAAUUUUUAAUUAUAGGUUUGUGUUGAUUGUUCUGUUUCAGUUACAAGAAUCCCUGAAUGAAAUCCAAAAAAAGAAAAAAAAA